UUUAUUCUUGUUUACAACCGUGGUUUUGCAGCAGCCACUGGGUGCUGCUCCUGACUUCAGUGUGGGGGAAGCCCAUGAUAGUCACUGUCUUCAUUGCCACAAAUGUAGACACUGAUGUCUGUUGGCUGGAAGCUGCAAUCUUGAAUCUUAAUGGGUAACAUUUUGGGUCUGGACCUUUCAGGCUGAUCACGCCCGACCUGCACUUUAAAUGCAGUUUCCUCUCUUACUGUGAUAUGGUUUAUGACUUCUUGGAAUCAAUAAUGUUUUGAUCUUGCUGGAAUGCAAUUAACAGCUGAUUUAUUUCAACCCGAGAAAAAAAACUCACUAUAUUCUGAGUGAAGAAAUAUUUCAUUUAUUUCCAGAAGAAGUUGCCCUUUAAUUUUAAGUUCUGAUCCUUUAUUCUGGAAUUGUCCUGUAUUAAAUAAAAAAAUGAUAUUUUAAAAUCUGUUUUGGAAUUAAUGUCUGAUGAUUACAGAUUAUGCACCAAAGUGUAUCAGGUACAAUGUUUGUUUUUCCAGGAUUCUGACCAUUUCAACGACAUUGCUGGCUAUUUUUCCAAGGAAGCGUUUGAAGAACUAAUGGACUGGGAGAAGGUCCGUUAUAAGAACAUGAAACGGAAUUAUGAAGCCAUGGUUGCCAUUGGAUUAGACGUACCAAAGCCCGAAUUUAUGACCAAUCGGAGCAGAAGGCGUCCAAUCCAAGUAUACGAAUCUAGCGAGUCAGAUGAGGAUUGGACACCUAAACUUCUGACAAAAAAUCCACAACGAUUCAAAAUCUUUAGGCCUUUUAAGAAUGAAAAUGGCAAGAAUUCCAAAAGAAGGCCUGUCAUAAAGGUAAGAACAGAACUUAUUCCCAGCAUAAAGGAGAAGUGAGAAUACGCUUUUAUGAAUUAACAGAGUGUCUCUACAUUAGCAUUUUAUUUUCU